ACACACAGCUGCACGGGACCAGGCACCACGACACCACGACGUCACGCAGCCUCCGUUUCCACACAGCCAGCAGCAGUCGGACAGCAGGUGGCAACCUUCCCCUCCCUGGAAACUCCCACUGGGAGGUGUGUUUACUUGGGAAUCCAGACGGAGGUAGAGCUGCCAUCCUGAGUCGCCUGCUGGCUUGGGCACCCAGAAUUGCCAGUCUGCUGCUGCGCUAACCCUAAGGCCGCCUACGGUCUCUGUUUAGAGUCCCAACCAGGCCAAAAGCCCUCUUUAUUGUGUGUCCCCCAUGCAAGAUUUAAUUUUCUUCUACCCAAGAGCACUUGCGCAGCCUCACUACAGGAGAAAAGUUCGACGAGCCUGAAGCCUGAACAAGCGAAAUGGCUGGAAACUCCUCCUGAGCACCCACGGGGCAAAGGCCCAGAAAGAGAAAGCUGCCCGCCGGAAGUCACGAAGCCUCGCCAGGGCUUGGACCCGGGACCCCUAGGUCCAGAGCUGUGACGUCACCCGGCUCCGCCCCCGAGUCGGCGGCAGAGUCCGAGCCCCAACAGGCUCCGCAGCAGCCCCGAGCCCCCUGGUGCGCACACUCAGUCCGACUUUGCUGGCGGACCGCCCACCCGGGUUUUCAAUCCCUUGGAGUGUGCAGGCGGGGGAAACUGAGGCGAGGAGGGUGUGAGUGUGCUCCUCCCUCCCUCAGUCCACACCCCAGGGCACGAAAAGCUGUUUCCCCACUUCCCAGACCCGGAGGGAGCAGCAGAGAAGAAGGGGAGGAAGGGGAGGGGGCCAAAGCAAGCAAGGGCUGAAAAGCCUGCCACACUCAAGAUGGCGGCGCGGCCGCGACGAGGCCCCUCAGAGGCGGAACCAGCGCAUGCGCAGCCCGGAGUCCCGGGCCGGGACACAAAAUGGCGGCAGCGGCGCUGGGGAGGGCGAGGCGGAGGCGGCAAAACGGGCGGUCGAGCAGAACGUGUAGCCGCGUCCCCUCGAGUCCGCUCCGGGCAGCUGCUGACGCAAGGAGUCCCCUGAGCCCCCGUCCACUCCACUGCUGACCAGCCCAGUCAUCUGUGCUGAGCCUUCCUGCAGGCCUCCCUUCUGCCUCUGUGGGACCCUGUGACGGGGGGUCCAUCCGGCCAGAGAAGAAAACCCUCUCAUGCUAGCAUUGCAGACCCCAGAGGGUCCUGUGUGGGUGUUGAGAUGGCCAAUGAGAAUCACGGCAGCCCCCGGGAGGAGGCAUCCCUGCUGAGUCACUCCCCAGGCACCUCCAAUCAGAGCCAGCCCUGCUCUCCAAAGCCCAUCCGCCUGGUGCAGGACCUCCCAGAGGAGCUGGUACAUGCUGGCUGGGAGAAGUGCUGGAGCAGGAGGGAGAACCGUCCCUACUACUUCAACCGAUUCACUAACCAGUCCCUGUGGGAGAUGCCCGUACUGGGCCAGCAUGACGUGAUUAUUGAAAUGCUUGCGACACCCACGAGCCAGUCAGUGCCCAGCUCCCCCAGUGUGCCAGGAACCCCAACCCUGAAGAUUUGGGGUGCAUCCCCUGAAGAUAAACAGCAGGCAGCUCUCCUCCGGCCCACUGAGGUGUACUGGGAUCUAGACAUCCAGACCAAUGCUGUCAUCAAGCACCGGGGGCCUUCGGAGGUGCUGCCCCCGCACCCUGAGGUGGAGCUGCUCCGCUCCCAGCUCAUCCUGAAGCUCCGGCAACACUACCGGGAGCUGUGCCAGCAGCGAGAGGGCAUCGAACCUCCCCGGGAAUCUUUCAACCGCUGGAUGCUGGAGCGCAAGGUGGUAGACAAAGGAUCAGACCCUCUGUUGCCAAGCAACUGUGAACCAGUCGUGUCGCCUUCCAUGUUUCGCGAAAUCAUGAAUGACAUUCCCAUCAGGUUAUCCCGAAUCAAGUUCCGGGAGGAAGCCAAGCGCCUGCUCUUUAAGUAUGCAGAGGCUGCCAGGCGGCUCAUCGAAUCCAGGAGUGCAUCCCCUGACAGCAGGAAGGUGGUAAAGUGGAACGUGGAAGACACCUUCAGCUGGCUGCGGAAGGACCACUCGGCCUCCAAGGAGGACUACAUGGACCGCCUGGAGCACCUGCGGAGGCAGUGCGGCCCCCACGUCUCAGCUGCAGCCAAGGACUCUGUGGAAGGCAUCUGCAGCAAGAUCUACCACAUCUCCCUGGAGUACGUCAAACGGAUCCGUGAGAAGCACCUUGCCGUCCUCAAGGAAAACAACAUCCCAGAGGAGGUGGAGGCCCCCGAGGUGGAGCCCCGCCUUGUGUACUGCUACCCGGUACGGCUGGCCGUGUCUGCACCGCCCAUGCCCAGUGUGGAGAUGCACAUGGAGAACAACGUGGUCUGCAUACGGUAUAAGGGCGAGAUGGUCAAGGUCAGCCGCAACUACUUCAGCAAGCUGUGGCUCCUUUAUCGCUAUAGCUGCAUUGAUGACUCCGCCUUUGAGAAGUUCCUGCCCCGGGUCUGGUGUCUCCUCCGACGGUACCAGAUGAUGUUUGGCGUGGGCCUGUACGAGGGCACGGGCCUGCAGGGCUCACUGCCCGUGCACGUCUUCGAGGCCCUCCACCGGCUCUUCGGCGUCAGCUUCGAGUGCUUCGCCUCACCCCUCAACUGCUACUUCCGCCAGUACUGCUCUGCCUUCCCUGACACAGACGGCUACUUCGGCUCCCGCGGGCCCUGCCUGGACUUCUCCCCACUGAGUGGCUCCUUUGAGGCCAACCCGCCGUUCUGCGAGGAGCUCAUGGAUGCCACGGUCUCGCACUUCGAGAAACUGCUCGAGAGCUCCUUGGAGCCCCUGUCCUUCAUUGUGUUCAUCCCCGAGUGGCGAGAACCCCCCACCCCGGCGCUCACCCGCAUGGAGCAGAGCCGCUUCAAACGCCACCAGCUGGUCCUGCCCGCCUUCGAGCACGAGUACCGCAGCGGUUCCCAGCACAUCUGCAAGAAGGAGGAAAUGCACUACAAGGCGGUCCACAACACAGCAGUGCUCUUCCUGCAGAACGAGCCAGGCCACGCCAAGUGGGGGCCAACACCCGAGCGGCUGCAGGAGCUGAGCGCUGCCUACCGGCAGUCAGGCCGCAGCCACAGCUCCAGCUCUUCCUCGUCGUCCUCCUUGGAGGCCAAGGACCGGGACUCGGGCCGGGAGCAGGGCCCUAGCCGCGAGCCUCACCCCACUUAGCACACCAUGCUGGGAGGAGGAGCCCAGGGUGCUGGUAUGGACUGCUGGGACUCAGGCCUCUUGGGGCUGAGUGGACCCCAGGGCCCUCCCCCUGAGGUGGCAGCGGGACUCAGGCUGCCAACGACAUAGGAAGAUUAUGGCUCCACCAGGGGUCCCCUCCCUGCUUCAUCCCCCAAUGCCACACCUUGAACUCACUCCAAGUCCCCUGUACAUAGGCCCUGAUGCCUCCCUCUCCCACAUCCCAGCCCUCCUGGUGCCAGUUUGUUUCAUUCAUAAAAGGAAAUACAGAAACCCA